AUGGAAGUGGGAAUGCGGGUUGUCAAGAAGGAGCGAUUUGAGGAAGGCAACAAUUGUAGACUCCGUUCCAGCAAGAAAGAAGGGAUUGGAUGCGAAGGCAGCUCUGACUCUGGUCUGAUAGUCGAUAAUAGUCGUCGCACUACCAACCCAGUGGAUCUAUACUUCGACCCGCAAACAAAGGAGUGA